CGCUUUCAAUAGACACUGCGUUUGUUGCAUAGGUAUUUAUGCCCUCCGCCAGCGCCAUCUUCCAUUUUUCUUUCAAUUUCCCUUCUCCGUCUUCUUCUUCUUCUUCUUCGUAGAUUCCGUUCCGAUUCCAGGGUUUUCCCAUCUCUUCAUUCAUUCUUCUUCUCAAAUUCCCUCUCAGAUUGGCCUUCACUUGUUUUUCUUCACUUUCUCCAAUUCGGCCUCGCCAUGGCUGAGUGGCAAGAUUUUCUUCAAACCCUUUUCAUAGGUCUCAUAUUCUCUUAUCUUGUUGCUAAGUUGAUCUCCAUAGUCGUCUCUUUUAAGGAAGAUAAUCUCUCUAUCUCUCGUGCUACCUCUACUCCCAUUCCCCAAUCCAACGACGAAGUUUCCAAGACCAAGCCAAUUGAAACCGAUGUCGGGUCGGGUUCUGGAGAUUUUGGGUUCGCGCACGAGGUUGACUCUGUCGUCGCCGAGCAUGGUAGUGUUAGGAAUGACAGUAUUGGUGGGAGUGAUACUGAUGAUGAUGAUUGGGAAGGGGUGGAGAGCACCGAAUUGGACGAAUUGUUCAGCGCGGCCACUGCUUUUGUUGCCGCCUCUGCAGCUGACCGGCUUUCACCCAAGGUAUCCAAUGAAGUACAGUUGCAGCUUUACGGAUACUACAAAAUCGCUACCGAGGGGCCUUGCAGCACGCCUCAGCCGUCUGCCUUGAAAAUGACCGCUCGAGCUAAGUGGCAAGCGUGGCAGAAAUUGGGUGCUAUGCCUCCUGAAGAAGCGAUGCAAAAGUACAUUGAUAUAGUUACUGAGUUGUUUCCAUCUUGGGUGGCUGGUGCAAGUGGGAAGAGCAAAGAUGGAAAUGCUGAUGCUAGAAGUAAAGAUUCUAGAGGACCAAUGGGGCCCGUCUUCAGCACUUUUGUAUAUGAGGAAACCGGGAAUGAGUUGGAGCUGGAAGAUAUUCAUGGCUUUGCUAGAGAAGGAGAAUUGGAUAAUUUGCUCAAGUGUAUAGAAAAUGGUGUUUCAGUGAAUAUCAAGGACAGUGAAGGCAGGACCCCAUUGCACUGGGCAGUCGAUCGUGGCCAUUCUAAUGUUGUGGAGCUGCUUGUUAGCAGGAAUGCUGAUAUUGAUGUUAAGGACGUUGAUGGCCAAACUCCAUUACAUUAUGCUGUGGUAUGCGACCGAGAAGGGAUUGCCGAAUAUCUUGUGAAGAACAAUGCUAGCGUUAGUGAAAGAGACAACGAUGGAAAGUCACCUUGUGAUAUUUGCGAGUCUAACUGGCCUUUCAUGGUCUCUGCAAAGAAGUAGAAAUUGGCAGAUGAUUUUAUCAUGUUCGGUGUGCCUUUCUCCUUCUAUCUUCUCUAAUUGAUUAUUUCACAUGUUCCUUUUGAAUGUAAAUACUCCCAUGCAUGGCCUUUCCUAACAGCAACAACUUCUCAUUAUAAAUAGAUUUGGAGUAUUUAUCA